UGAUUGCAUUUGGGAGCUGUCUUUUUUGUGUGAUGGUCCCCAUGGUGACAAUUUGUGAAGGCAAAGAAUGUGGGACCGGGGCUCCGCCGCCUGAUUGGGAUGCUUUGUAUCUGGAGAGGCGCUCCUGAUUGGCCUGAGGGCCCCCCAGCUCCGGACUUGUCCUCCAUUCAGCCCACUCAAGGGCUGCACAACUGCUUCUCACCCUGCACGGAGCUCGCUGCACGCCAGCUCGCCGGGCUGGCCUGGGUCUACGGUGGGGAACCUGCCGGCCACGUUGGCGGGGGUCCCAGCCUGCACCUUCGGUCUGCCCUGUGCUCUCUCUGGAGCUGCCAGCCCCCAGCAGAGCCCGCACUCUUCAUGGAAAGCCCCGCACAGUUCCCGUGGUGAUGGCAGCUGACAGCGAUGUGAAGAUGCUACUGAAUUUUGUGAACCUGGCGUCCAGUGAUAUCAAGGCGGCCCUGGACAAGUCUGCACCCUGCCGCCGCUCUGUGGACCACCGCAAGUACCUGCAGAAGCAACUCAAGCGUUUCUCUCAGAAGUAUUCCAGGCUCCCUAGGGGCCUGCCUGGCAGGGCCACAGAGCCUCACCUGCAAAGGGGGCCUGAAGACAGGCCCGGGCAGCUGCCCCUCCAUCCCUGUCCAGAAUCCAGCCCUGGCGGGGGUGGGAGCUACAAGGAGAAGGCCCUGGGGACCCCCUUCAGGGAGGAGUGCCUUUCUAAGGAGCAGAGCUUCCAGGGGCUGAACCCAGAAGCUGCUAGAUCUGGCCAGGUGCCCAUGAGGAAGAGACAGCUGCCUGCUUCAUUCUGGGAGGAGCCAAGGCCCACCCUCAGCUACCCAAUGGGGCUGGAGGUGGGCCUAGCCCCCAGGGAGGCAUCUCUGUAUGAGAAUAAGAAAAAUUGCAAGGGUCUGGAGUCCCUGGGGCCUGAGACUGCUCCAUUGCCCAUGUCCCCAAGAGUGCUGGCUGGCACAGAGCCACUCAAGAUGUCUGGGGUAUCCUUGGUAGGCAGCCUUGAUGCCUGGAGCUACUGCCCAUUCCAGUACCAUGGACAGCCCAUCUUCCCCAGCCUUCCAGGGGUCCUACCUCAAGGCCCAGUACCCAGUCUGGGCUUGUGGAGGAAAAGCCCAGCCUCACCUGCGGAGCUGGCCCACUUCUGCAAGGAUGUGGACAGUUCAGGGCCAAAAGUGUACAGACCUGUGGUUCUGAAGCCUAUUCCCACUAAGCCAGCAAUGCCUCCACCCAUCUUCAAUGUCUUCGGCUACCUCUAGAGGGACGGCCUCAGCCCCCCUUUUUUGGCCUUCAGGAUGGGGUCUCUGAUAAGCUCUCCA